GCGGGCAGUGAGACCAGGCGGAUACGAGCUAGCAGUCGGUCAGUGAACGGUGCGUUUCAUUCUCACCGGAGAGAAAACAGCUGAUUGAGAGCUUAACGCCUGGGUCUAUGAAGCCGAGUGACUCUGACAUAUUAAUUGCGUUGAUUUUUCUCCGUAAAUGAUGUGGUUAUAGUGAGGUGAGAAUGGCCAGGCCACCCGGGACGGACGACGAGAUGUUGACUUCGCCGACCAUACUUCGGGAUUCUUCCGAUUUGGACACCGGGGACGCGAACAUGGACUGCAGCGACGGAGCCGCGGAGGUCUCAUUGGAAGAAAUCCUCAAACUGUACAGCCAGCCGAUUAACGAGGAGCAGGCAUGGGCGGUGUGUUAUCAGUGUUGUCGGACUUUAGCGCAGAAAUAUCGGAGGAAAAGCUCCAAGUCCGCCGGUGCCUCAGCCGUCGACUAUCCGAGGAGGAUUGAGGGACCCGGGGAUGUGAGGAUCGGGAGAGACGGGACUGUGAAACUGCGCUUUGAAGACCGCACAGAUAAAUACCAACCUGCCCCCACGUCAUUGGAGGUUAUUGACUCACUCGGUGUCAUGAUUUACAAAGCUCUGGACUUUGGCCUCAAAGAAAACGAGGAGCGUGAACUCAGCCCGCCGCUGGAGCGCCUGAUCGACAUGAUGACCAACACAGAAGAAACCGAGAGUGACCCCUGUCCUGAUGAGGGCUACGAAGCCACAGAGGAGGAAGAUGAGUGUGAAGAGGAGGAAGAAGAGGACCCCGUCUCUGCCACCACCACUUCAGUCACCAGCAUUCGCAGCUAUCGAGACCUCAUCACGCUAUGUUCUUCCCACCUGCCCAGCCCAUCAGACGCCCCCAGCCACUACCAGGCUGUGUGUCGUGCUCUCUAUGCCGAAAGCAGGGAACUACACACCUUUCUGGAGAAGAUAAAGAGUGCCAAGGAGAACCUUCAGAGAAUGGAAGGCAAUACUCGAGGGGAACCUGUUAAAGACCUCGAUGAGCUGCAGAAUGCAGACUGGGCACGGUUCUGGGUGCAGGUGAUGCGGGAUCUACGAGAUGGUGUUAAGUUAAAGAAGGUUCAGGAGCGUCAAUAUAACCCAUUACCUAUAGAAUACCAGCUGACACCGUACGAAAUGCUGAUGGACGACAUCCGCUCCAAACGUUACAAGCUGCGAAAAGUCAUGGUGAAUGGAGACAUCCCGCCUAAGUUAAAGAAGAGUGCACAUGAGAUCAUUCUUGAAUUCAUCAGGUCGCGACCACCUCUCAACCCUGUUGCAGCCCGUAAACUGAAACCCCACCCACCACGUCCCAGGAGCCUCCACGAGCGACUGCUGGAGGGCAUCAAAGCUGAAAGGAAGCUCAGGCCAGUCUCACCGGACAUGAUCCGCAGAAGCCGCCUAGUCAUGCGACCUCUUAGCAUGUCUUACAGCUUUGACUCAUCAGGUGCAGGGAAAAGCAUCAGCACUCCUCAGGACUUGUUCCGCAGUUCAGACACUCCUGAUGCACGCAGGAAAUUGACUGUCAGCACCCAGUCUCUGGCCUUAGGCACCCUGGGAACCAAUGAAGGUGGCACGCAGCCCCUUAGCCAGAGGAAGAGGCUGCUCAAAGCGCCCCCGCUGGCUGAGUUGGACAGCUCCGAAUCUGAUGAGGAGCCCACACGGAGCAGCUCCAGUAUGUCCACGUCUUUGAUGGAGGACACGUCACCCGAGUCUGUCACAGGGAAGAAGGCUCCUCCAAAGUUCCUGCCUGUCUCUGCCACUCCAGCCAGACAAGCGUCAGACAAGCGUCAGUCUCCUCAGAGGCGGCACUCUAUCGAGAAAGAGGCCCCCACCAGCGUCUGUCCCUUUGUACCUCCAUCCAGACAGAGCUCCAAGUCUUUGCAAAUGCCGGAUCCCAGCACCAAGGUGGAAGCCACCAGUGGUGCUCAGGGCACGGAGGAAUUCUGCUACCCGGUGGAGUGUCUGGCUCUAACUGUGGAGGAGGUGAUGCACAUCAGACAGGUUCUGGUCAAGGCCGAGCUGGAGAAGUUUCAGCAGUACAAGGAGAUCUACAUCGCCCUCAAGAAAGGAAAGGUUUGCUUCUCAUGUCGGAUGAAGAAGUUUUCUCUCUUUACCUGGUCCUACACCUGCCAGUUCUGCAAAAGGCCUGUGUGUUCCCAGUGCUCUAAAAAGAUGCGACUGCCACCUAAGCCCUACUCCACCUUGCCCAUUUAUUCUUUGGGCCCCAGUGCUGUGACUACAGAAGGGGCAAGUGGAGCGUUUGCCCCUGCUGAGCCAGAAAAGCACCCAUUUGGGUCUGGACACAGCAGAUACAGCCAACGCAGAAGUGUUUACAAGUCAUCUAAGCAUAACAGCAGUAGUAGCAGCAAAGAUGGCCGGUCACAGGACGAGCCAGAGCUUCCCAAGGAGUUUACUGAGGACUGGGUGACCAUGGAGAUCUGCAUAGACUGCAAAAAGUUUAUCAUGGAGAUCAUCUCUUCCAGCAAGCGCAGCUUGUGCGUGGCCACCAAACGUGCCCGCCUCAAUCGCAAAACCCAAUCCUUCUACAUGUCCUCGUCUAACUCGGUCAACUUUAGGCCGUCUGAGCGCGCCAUCAAUGAGGUAUAGAAAGCGGGACUGCCCUGUGCACCUUUCUACACGCCUCUCCCAGAGCUUAGUUGUUCAAUGAAGAAGAAACUACUUUUAAUGAAGCCAGUCCAUACCACCCCAAAGUAAGUAAAGGUUCUUAUACUUUAACCCGUCUCAGGAAAAGUUGGCACGCUAUGAUUGGUCAUAACUGGUCGGGACUGUAUCAUAGCUGCCCAAUAACAAAGGAGAGCCAUGUUUCUAUAAGUCACUGAUAUUCAGGACACAGUGGGUAAAAUGGUUAACCCUUGUGUUGUCUUCCUGUCAACCUGCAGCUUUUUUCUUAUUUUUAUUUUUCUGUCAAAAUUUAAAACUAAAAUUGGUUGACACUUUUUCCUCGUUUUUCCUGACAUUUUGUCCAUUUUCUCAAUGUUCUUGUGUCAUUUUUUUCUUCUUCAAAAUGCUAUAAAAUUGAAUAAGAUACCCAAAUUCAAUGAAAGGGGUCAACUGAUCAUUCAUUUUACAGAACGAUCCACGUUAUUUUUUUAUUGACAAGGUGGUUGAAAGAAACCCAAAUUUUUGGAAAUUUUUUGAAAACGGGUCAAAUUUGACCCAAGGACAACAGGAGGGUUGAAUUAAGUUACUGAUAUUGCUAGUGUGAACAAGGUAAGAGAAUGUAUAUUUGACACAACAGAUAAUACAGAAAGCCAAAAGCUGCAGUGAUAAUGUGUAACUAGUAUAACGGCCCGUCCCUAAUCUUAGCUAAUAAAUGUGUUUUCCAGUUCCUGUUUACUUCCAGAACUCAGGAUGAACAACAGAUUGUCGUUCGACAGAAUUGCAUUGUAGAUCUAGAUUUUUGUGGUAGACCUCUGCCACUCCCCUGCCCCCGCUCUUAUUCUUCCAGCAACAAUUAUGCCAAAUGUUACAUCAUUCAUUUUUUAGCCAGUUUAAAUGCAUAUUUAUUGUUCUCUCAUGUUGUAGGGACGACACGUUAAAGGGCGAGACUAGUCAAAUUUUUCUGGGUGGGGUUUUAGCUAUGAGUUUUAAUGUAUAUUCAAUUCUGUGCCUGGUGCCAAAAUGUAAUUUCUUUCUUUGAAUGCCUUUUUGUAGUUAUGGACCUAUUGUACAUAUGUGUGAUAAACUCAAUGGGGGACCUUUUUUAGGGUAAUCCAAGUUUUCUUGCCCUUUCCAUGUUAAAAGCUAGGCAACAGAAGCACAUAAAUGUAGAGUUAUGAAUGUGUAAAUGUUGUAUAUCUUAAUUGUUCUAAAUUUAAUAUAAAAAAAACUUAACUCAGAAGUAUAAUUUUUUUUCAUGUUUUAGGAUUUCUGCCUUUGGAGUUUAUUUGAAAUUCUUCUCUGAAAUCUUUAUUAUUAGUGUUAAGUUUAUGUUAAUAAUAUUGAAAUGUUAUUUCUAUUGUAUAGUUUAUAUAUUCCUCAGUGUUAAAAUACUCAUCUAAAUCGUACUUUUAUUGGACCAAUUUAUUGUUAAUGUUGGGUUCUUGUCUUAAUAAUAAUUAAAUCUUGUUUUUCACCUCUUGGGGGUCCAUAGUGCCAUUUCCCAGAGUUCCCUAUGAAUGAAAAUGUGUGUGAAUGGCUGCAGAUUUUUGUAUGAGAAAGGAAUAAU